AUGCACCAAGUUGGCAGUACCAAAAUGAGGAAGCUGCAAUCGAUUGCUCAGUUAUCGAUAACCAUGGACGCGGGCACCAAAAUCCUAGUUGUGGGCGAUGUGCGCGGUCGCUUCAAGCAGCUAUUUCAGCGCGUGGAGCAGGUCAACAAAAAAGCGGGACCCUUCGAAAUCCUUUGCUGCGUCGGGGACUUUUUCGGCGAGGACAAGCAAAACGAGGAACUGAUUGCCUACAAAAAUGGCUUUAAGCAUAUCACCGUUCCCACCUAUAUCCUGGGUCCAAACCAACAGGAGCAUGGAAAAUACUUUGAAAAUCUGUCGGACGGUGAAAUCUGCACCAAUCUUACGUAUCUUGGUCGACGUGGGGUCUACACGCUGAGCAGUGGUGUUAAAAUUGCCUAUCUAAGUGGCUUGGAGGCACAGGGCGCAGAUUCCGCUGGCUCGGAGCACGAGUUCACCAAAGCCGAUGUCAUCGCUGUGAGGAACUCAUGUUUGGUGUCCAAGAACUGUUCCACAGAGUACCGCGGGGUGGAUGUGCUCCUCACAUCGCAAUGGCCAUUCGGCAUGCAGGAGAAGGAAAAUGUCACAGCAUCGAAGUUGGUAUCAUUUCUUUGUCGUGAGAUAAAGCCGCGCUACCACUUUUGUGCCAUUAAUGGAACCCACUACGAAAGCGCUCCCUUUCGGAUGCCCAAAGAUGAGAUUACCCAAUUUGAGUUGUGCACUCGCUUCAUUUCCCUCGCGGAAGUGGGAAAUGCCGAAAAAGCCAAGUACAUCUAUGCACUCAGCCUGAAGCCAGUAGACAAAUCACGCUUAUUGGACCUGGUGCAGAAGACAACAAAUGAAAUUCCAUGUCCCUUCAUUGGCUUGGACUUGGGCGGAGCUAUUAACAAGAAUGAUUCGUCCGAAAGCCGACAAUACUUCUAUGACAUGGAUGGUGGCAGACGCAAGCGACAAGGCGGUGAUAAUAACAAGAGAGAUAAACGUCCUAGAAUUCCGCAGAUUGAGCAAGAUAAAUGCUGGUUCUGUUUAUCCUCACCUGACGUGGAGAAGCAUCUGAUUGUCACUGUGGGCGAACAUUUUUAUCUGGCACUGGCCAAAGGGCCUAUUAACAAACACCAUGUCAUGAUAUUGUCCACCAAACAUGUGCCCUGCGCUGCCCAACUCAGUCCAGAUGAUUGGGAGGAGCUCAACAAGUUCAAGGCAGCCUUGCGAAAGUUCUUCAAAACGUUAGGUCAAGUGGUGUGUUUUACUGAACGGCACUACAAAUCGGUUCACCUACAAAUCAACGCGCUUGCCUUUGAAGAAGGCUAUGCCUGGAAGAUAAAACAUAGUUUUGAGGAUAAGGCGGAGGAAUUUAAUCUGGAAUUCGAGACACUUCCGGCAUUGGAUUCUGAGAAAAUGCUGCCUGAAAUGGGACCUUAUUUCCUGGCCGAGUUACCCGACGAUAGCACACUUAUAACGCGGCAAAUGAAACACUUUCCCAUUCAUUUUGCAAGGGACGUGUUCUGUUCGGAGAAUCUUCUUAACUGCGAUGAGAAAGUCAAUUGGAAGGAUUGCCUUCUCGAUAAGGACGAAGAAGUGGCGUAUGUGGAAGAUUUCCGAAAGGCUUUUGCGCCCUUUGAUUUUACAGACGAUUAAGCAAAGAACAUUGUAGGUAUAGUAAAAAGUUCAUAUCGGUUGUAAUUGCUGAGCCCUUGCUAACAGUUCAUCCAUGUAAAUGCUAAAACUACAAUUUAAUUAAAAACGUAUCCAUAA